AUGUCGCUUGUUUCCCCCUUUUACCCCUUGAAAGCAUGUCGGGAUACGAAUGUGGAUCUCGUGCUCCUAUUAGACGGUUCUGGGAGCGUCACGGAGUCCAACUUCCAACGGAUCAAGGACUUCGCUAAAGAUCUCCUACAGGAGUUCAACAUCAACAGCGAGAACGGCACGCGGGUUGGUGCGGUCCAGUACAGCUCCGUAACCCGCGAGGAAUUCAAGCUGAACCGCUAUAACACCUCUGCCGAGGUCAUGAACGCCAUCGACGGGAUCAGCUACAUGAGAGGUGGCACGUACACGGGCGCCGCCUUGCGAUAUUUGUCAGAUUACAGCUUCACGGCGACGGCGGGGGACCGUGCAGACAGGGCGAACAUCGUGGUGUUGGUGACGGACGGGAGGUCUUACGACUCGGUAGUGACGCCGUCGGCGACCCUGAGGAACAAACGGGUGCAGUUGUACGCUGUCGGGGUGGGAGGGGCCGAGUACGCUUCCCUGAAGACCAUCGCGGGAGACCCUGAGUACGCCUAUCAGGUCGGCAGCUUCGCAAACAUAACCAGCCUGACAUCGGCGGUGCAAGAAGACCUAUGUGGGAAUAAGUCUUGUCUGGAGCAGCCAUGCCACAACGGCGGGACAUGUGAGAGUCAGGGGCAGGCGUUCUACUGCAGAUGUCCCUCCGGCUUCACUGGAGAAUACUGCGAAAUCUGUAAUUCUCUCAGUGCGGACAUGGCACAAUGUUCGCUCUACGGCGAUCCUCACUACAGAACCUUCGACGGCAAAAGUUCCGACUUCCUGGGCACGUGUACCUACACCUUCGUCAGGCACAAGACCACCAAAGGAAACCCACUCUUCAAUGUAGCAGUGGAUACGGAGUACGAAAGAGGUGGCACGAAGACGUCAUACGCACGAGCGGUGCACGUCGACGUGUACGGAUAUCGCGUAUCACUUCUAAACGGAACGUCUGUAACUGUUAACAACCUUCCCGUCACUCUACCAACUCAACUCGGUCCCUCCGCCCAAGUCCUGGUUGAAUAUCUUGGAUCCUCCGUGGUCGUGCGUACAGUGUUUGGGCUACAGGUUGGCUACGACGGUAAACAUGAAGUUUGGGUCCGCCUUGCGAAAUGCUUCAAGUCGAAGGUUGAGGGACUCUGUGGAAACUUCAAUGACGAUUCGAAUGACGAUGAUAUGACGUCAUCUGGUACCCAGGCCGCCAACACCGCUGCUUUGUUGACAAGCUGGAAGGUUGCUACCAAUGAAAGCUGUACAGUAGGGGGUGCCGCUAACCCCACCGCCUGCUCCUUUCUAAACUUCGCCGUGGCGGUAGUAGCUUUCAGCUGCUCGACGCUCACCAGCUCUCCGGCAUUUACCACUUGUCACUCCACCCUCGCCUUUAACGACUACUACCAGAACUGCGUGGACGAUGUGUGUACGGCUGACACAGGCAGCAGCACGGAGUUGUGCAACAAUUUUGAAGCCUACGCGCGCCAGUGCGGGAGAGAAAAUGUCACCCUGAGCGGCUGGAGGGCUGCCAUAACGUCAGCAGUGGACUGCAGUGUAACGUGCCCAUCGGAGAAAAACUUGACAUACUCCAGUUGUGUGAAGGAGUGUGAGCCCAGCUGUCUCCUGCCCAGAGGACCACCAGGUUGUGACAACACCGUCUGUCUGUCUGACGGCUGCGUGUGCGAGAAUGGACUGCUCCGCAGCGGGGAUAGCUGCGUCCCCCCGGAAAAAUGUGGUUGCUCCCAGGAUGGGGAGUACCAUAUGGUUGACACCAACUGGGGCACACAGGACCAGGUUCAGUGCGGUUGCUCUAGCAACAACGGUGUUCGAUGCUACAAUGUGGUCUGUGCUCCUAACUUCUACUGGGCUCAGGGGGAGAGCACCUACGAAUGUCUGUGUCAGCCUGGCCGCCAGGAACAGUGCAAGGCUCAAGCGGAGUGCUAUACCAAGAAUGGAACAUAUUACAGCGGCAAGAUGUCUACCACGAUAAGUGGACGAACAUGCCAGGGUUGGGACACCCAGCUCCCCCACAAACACAGUAUCUCCAGGCUCACACAUAACUACUGCCGGAACCCCGGUGGAACCAGGGACAGACCGUGGUGUUACACGAUUGACCCUAGCGUCCGCUGGGAGUACUGCAGCGUCCCACAGUGCGGCAAACUUUACUGUGAGCCGAACCCCUGUAAAAACAAUGGAACCUGCCAGGAGUUCGGCAGUGCCUACACAUGCCAGUGUCCUGCUGGGUAUGAGGGAGACAACUGUGAAAAAUUGUCAGCCUGCGUAAGGACAUCAGCUGGCCUUGACCUUGUCUUCCUAUUUGACGGAUCCAGCAGUGUGACCUCAGCUAACUUCAAGGUCAUGAAGGACUUUGUCAAGGACGUUGUGAAAACUUUUGUCAUCCAGCCCGACACAACCCACAUCGCAGUGGUGCAGUACAGCAAUGUCGCACGUACAGAAUUCAACCUCAACACGUACAGUAAGACAGCAGACGUUGUAGACGCCAUUGGAAGGAUCCAUUACAUGAAAGGGGGUACAAACACUGCAGCAGCGUUAACAUAUGUAGGACAAUCCGUCUUUACGCGGAGUAUGGGCGACAGGCCACGCAAUCCAAACGUUCUCGUUGUCAUUACGGACGGUAAAUCGAACGACAACGUGGCGGACGCUACGAGAGCACUGCGCUUGCGAGGUGUCUAUGUGUACGCGAUUGGAGUCGGCCAUGAUGUGGACCGGUCCACUUUACAGGCCAUCACAGUGGGUAGAAGUAACAAGACUGUGAUGAUGACUGUCAGCUUUGACAGACUACCUGAGUUAACCGCAAGGCUACAAAAAUCCCUGUGUGAGGGAGAAAACGAAUGUGAGCCCACCAACCCCUGUAUGAACAGUGCCACCUGCCGUGACGGGGAGUACAGCUACAGUUGCAGCUGUCCACCUGGCUACACAGGCAACAGGUGUCAGACAUGCACUUCAAGUAAGACACCGGCCACCUGUAUUGCCUGGGGAGACCCCCAUUAUCUGACCUUUGACGGCGGCCAUCUUGACUUCAUGGGCACCUGUCGGUACACUCUGACCCGAGACGCCGCGACCAACGGGACACUUUUCAACGUGGAGGUGGAAAACGAGAGCCGUGGUGUAGCAGUAGUGUCGUACACCAAGGCAGUACAUGUGAGCCUGUACGGGCGCAACAUAUCUUUGCAGAAGGGCGGUAGUGUGUUGGUUGAUGGUCUGGCGUACACCCCACCCUUAUCCCUACCCAUCAUGCCCCUGACUCCCACCAUGCCUACGGGAGUGGAAGUGGUGAAUAAUGGAGCGCUAACGGUCGUCAAGUCCGACUUUGGACUGGUAGUGUCUUAUGACGGAUCACACGAGGUUCGAGUCACCCUCCCAGUCUGUUACAUGAACAAGACUGAAGGCAUCUGUGGGAACUACAACGGUCGCCCUGGUGAUGACCUUUUGACCCCUGCAGGGACCACGGCUUCUACUUCUACAGCACUAGGCAACAGCUGGCAAGUGACGUCAUCAAAUAACAGGUAUGAUGCUUUGAAACUUAACUGCUGGACACUUAGAUAG